AUGGACGAACUACGAGUAAAAGAACUCUUAAGCGGUUCCUGUCCAUGCAGCGGGAUCGGCGCCGCCGGCAAAACCAGUCCCGCAUGGUUAAAAGAAAGGGCUCACCCUGUCAACAAGACUGGUGAUCCUCAAGGUGACAAAAGAAUCAGAUAUUCAGUGCCCGAACUUCCAGAGGAGAUCUGGCAUAAUAUACAUUCCCUGCUGCCAUUGCCAGAUGCUGCCCGAGCUGGUUGUGUGUCUCGUACAUUUCUAAAUUUCUGGAGAUGCCAUCCAUAUCUCAUUUUCAGUAGGGAAACAUUGGGCCUGAAUGGAAAUGCAUGUGGAGGAUCUAAAGUGGCACGUAUUUUCAUCAACAGAGUUGACAGCAUUAUGAGAAGACACUCAGGCAUAGGCGUGAAGACAUUCCAGCUUCGUUGCUUUUGUUCAGAUUUUAAUCCUAGUUAUCUCAACAGGUGGCUUCAGAUUGCUAUUACUCCAGGGAUUGAAAAACUUGAACUUAGACUGCCUGCAUCUGGCAUGAAGUACAACUUCCCAUGCUCACUUUUAUUCAGUGGGAACGGAAACUCGAUUCGGCAUCUUAAGCUCGUCCGUUGUGGCUUCCAUCCCACAACUGGACUUGGUUGUUUGAGAACACUGUUUCUGUCUCAGGUGAAUAUCUCGGGAGACCAAUUAGGGUAUCUUCUAUCCAAUUCCUUAGCUUUGGAGAAGCUGUACCUCAGUCAUUGCAAGAAGAUCAUUUGCCUGAAGAUACCUUGGCUGCUACACAGGCUCAGCUCCCUGACAGUGCUUGACUGUGCACUGGAAGUUCUAGAGAAUAAAGCUCCAAAUCUUCGCAAAGUUUGUGUCGAUGGUGCUCUAAUAAAACUUCCACUUGGAGAUUUGUUGCAAGUAAGGGACCUCACAGUGUUCGGUGAACGCGAGUGUAACUUUGUUCAUUAUGCUCGUGCAAAGCUUCCAUCAAUUGUGCCAAAUCUUGAAACUCUCAGCAUAUCGUCAGCCAGUGAGAUGUUCAGUACGCCAAUCGUACCUGUCAAAUUCCUUCACCUUAAGAGCUUGAGGAUCACUUUUGAUGUUGCCCUAGGAGCCUUUUCCCCAGCCUAUGAUUAUUUUUCUCUAGCUUGUUUUCUGGAUGCUUGUCCUGUAUUGGAGACUUUUAAAUUACAUGUAUCACAGACUCGCGUAAAGCAUGAUUUGAUUUCUGGAGACUCCCUCCAUCUUAGGCAGAUGCCAGAACAAUGCUAUGGCAACAUCAAGAAUGUGAAGAUCAUCGGCUUCUGCUCUGCAAAGAGCAUGGUUGAGCUAACGUGCCAUAUUCUUGAGAAUGCAACAUCAUUGGAGUGCCUUACAUUGGAUACCAUAUGUGAUAAUUGGGGUGAACAUGCCGAUAGGACUCGUGUGCACAAAAUUGGAGAAUGCUUCCGUGUAGACAAGCAGAUGAUCAGGGAAGCCCUCAAAGGGCUCGUGGCUAUAGAAAGAUACGUUGUGGGGAAAGUUCCGCCCACUGUGAAGUUAAAUGUUAAGAAGCCUUGCAACUUGUGCCAUGUUGUCAAAUGAUGCCAAUCCUCUUCAUCAUUUGACGUUUCAUGGGUUGUGCCUAAGUUAUGGCGACUAUCUACUGUUUAGUUGUUGUAAAAUUGCAUAGCUGGCUUGUGCCCUGUUAAAAUAUUUGCUUUUUCCUAGCUUGUCGAGAUGUAAUAUCACAUAGACAUAUGCUUCUUUCUAUUGCCUAUCUACUCCGUAGUUCGUUUACUUUUCAUUAAAAAAAUACUGCUGUGGAGUAUUGGCCAA